AUGUCACCACGGAGCACCGUUGGAGUCGUUGUUUUAGGAAACAAGUCCACUGGCAAGUCACACUUCAUAUCACAACUCCAGAAGAAUAUUAACAACAACUCCAAAGGAAAUCAUAACAUGAGAAAUGAAUUAUUCAAAGAGGCCAUAGAAAUAAAAGAAGUGGAGGAUGAAUACACUGACGUCACAAAAACAUUCUCAAUAGCUAAAAUUAUGAUCAUUCUGUUCUCCGUGGAUUCUCAAGAAAGCUUGAAAGACAGCCCGCGGUGGAUAGGAUUUGGCGACCAUUACAUGUCGACACCGUACCUCAAAUUUCUUAUUGGGAACAAAUCUGAUAUUAAAAACAGAGCGGUCAAACAAGACGACGCAAAAGAUGUCGCCGCGAAGUGCAACGCAUUUUACUUGGAAGUUUCAUCGCUUACUUCUGGAGGAAUACAAGAAGUGGUUGACAUCAUAUCGUUGGAGUACUUCACUUUUCUGAAGACGUCCACAACAGUCCUCAACUCUCGUAACGCCUGUGUUAUUGUGUAA